CACUACCAGAACUGUAAAGUCCAACAUCCUGAAAGCUUCAUCUUCGCGGAGGAAUAUUUCACUUUCUACAGUGUUUCAGUUUCCUUCACUGGAACUGAGCGGACUCGCUGAAACCUGUUCCAGUAUGACUGUGCCACUGUACACAAAGCAAGCUCCAUGAAGACAUGACAUCUUUUGCCAAGGCUGGAGUGAAAGAACUGAACCCCAACCCCACUGAACACCUUUGGGAUGAACUGGAACACUGACUGAACCCCAGGCCUCCUCACAUGACAUCAAUUCCUGACCUCACUAAUAUCCUUGUGGCUGAACAAAUCCCCUCAGCCACACUCCGAAAACUAGUGGAAAGCCUUCUCAAAAGAGUGGAGGUUAUUAUAACAGCAAAGAGGGUCUUAAUCUAUAACGGGAUGUUCAGAAAGCAUGGUGUUUACGAUUUUCACAGGAUAAACAAUCUACAGAGAUGUACACAUUACUAUAACAUCAAACAGCUUAAUUGCUCUUGUUGUAGGGUGAUCAUUAGUAGGCAUAACACCCAUGACAUAUUUUAUAGGACAGGUUAUACGUAUGCUACGAAUACACUAAUUACUCUAGGCGUUGGUCCUGUGACAAGCACCUUUAAACAUCCCCUGUAUUAUUAUUGUUCGGCUUUUUGAACUCCACCAAUACUUUGUUUCGGCUUGGGGUUAGGCAGGAGAUGAUACAAAAGAGCGAGUGCUCUUCCUGGGUCGUUUUCAUAACUGAGAAAAAGUGUGAGAACUUUUAUUUUUUUUACAGGAUUUGAUAUAAAAAUUGCUGACAUAUCAAAUGUGUAUAGGUGAAAGACAGCAUAAUAUUUUUUUAGGUAUGAGAAUACAGAUUAAGGUGUAAAUCUUAUUUAUGUUUGGUUGGCUGUUUUUCAGUCUAGGUAAUAGUAAAAGCAAUCCUAAAUCUACGGAAUAGACGCAGGACUAAUUGGCAGAGGGCCAUGAGCCAGCCCAGCCUCUGCCUGCAGUAUGAGCCUCCGCACCAUUGGGGGUGCUCUGUUCCCCUCCCUGCGCCCUUACCUGUUUGUGAGCAACAGUGGUGAUAGCGGAGGAAGCCGCUGGGGCUCUAUCUCUCUGAAACCAGUGUCUUCCCUGCUGCACACUAUGGUUCCUCAAGGUUACACCGCGCUGCAAGAAGAGCGACUGACCAUGGUGGAAUUGAACUCGCCCAAGGCGGAGACGCACCAGAACGGCUUUCACCGCGAAGGCCGCCGCCCCUCGGAGCGUUCCGGAGAUGGCCGAUACAGCGAGACGGAGCCCAUGCUACCUGAUGCUGGGCUCUCGGGAGAGGAGGCAGAUGAGGAAGAGGAAAGCGAAGAAGAAGACCAGAAACCAGCCACACAAAACAUGCCCAAGGAGUCACCACUGGCCAUGGCUCUGCAGAUUCUGGUGCCGUUCCUGCUGGCUGGCUUUGGCACGGUGUCAGCUGGCAUGGUGUUAGACAUAGUGCAGCAUUGGGAUGCAUUCAAAUACAUCACAGAGAUCUUCAUCCUGGUCCCUGCUCUCCUGGGUCUGAAAGGAAACCUGGAAAUGACUCUAGCCUCCAGACUCUCCACAGCGGUGAAUGUUGGCAAAAUGGACUCGCCCAUAGAGAAGUGGAACCUCAUCAUUGGCAACUUGGCACUAAAACAAGUCCAAGCAACAGUGGUGGGGUUUCUGGCAGCAGUGGCAGCCAUUAUUCUUGGCUGGAUCCCUGAAGGAAAGUUCCAGAUGAGUCACGCUGUGCUGCUGUGUUCCAGCAGUGUGGCCACGGCCUUCAUCGCCUCCCUGCUGCAAGGUAUCAUCAUGGUGGGUGUGAUCGUGGGUUCAAAGAAGACUGGCAUCAAUCCUGACAACGUAGCCACGCCAAUUGCGGCCAGCUUCGGUGACCUCAUUACUCUAGCCAUCCUAGCCUGGAUCAGUCAAGGGCUCUAUAACUGCCUGGACUCUCACCCAUACGUGUCGUCUCUUGUGUGUGCCUUCUUCAUGUCUCUGACUCCGGUGUGGAUGAUCAUCUCGUCCAAACACCCGGCGAGCCGACAGCUCCUCUACUCUGGCUGGGAGCCUGUCAUCACCGCCAUGGUCAUCAGCAGUAUUGGAGGUCUGAUCCUGGAUAAAACCGUGUCCGACCCCAACUUGGCUGGCAUUGUGGUCUACACCCCUGUCAUAAACGGUAUUGGUGGAAACCUUGUGGCCAUCCAGUCUAGCCGCAUCUCGACACACUUGCACUUCCACAGCACCCCAGGAGAGGUACCGGACGAGGCCAAGGGCUGCUACUAUCCCUGCCGAACUUUCUGUGGCUCAGGAGCCAAUCACAGGUCGGCACAAGUGCUGCUUCUAUUGACAGUCCCAGGCCACUUUGUCUUCCUGUACACGAUUCACCUGAUGAAAAGUGGCCACACCACGUUGACGCCCAUCUUCAUGGCGGUUUACUUGGCUGCAGCGCUGCUACAGGUGUUCCUCUUGCUGUCUAUAGCAGACUGGAUGGUCCACGCCAUGUGGAAGUCUGGGAAGGACCCGGACAGUUUCUCCAUCCCGUACCUGACCGCGCUGGGAGACCUGCUGGGCACCGCCCUCCUGGCUUUGAGCUUCCACUUCCUGUGGGUGAUCGGGGACCGGGACAGUGACGUAGGCGACUAGGGCCAAACCCUUUCACCGGUCAUGUGUUGCAUCUCGGCCAAAGCCUUGCUGCGUUGCCAUUGGACAAGUCCAUCCACCGAUUAAUGGACGUUACCGGUGAUUGGCUGACGGUAUAUCAUGUGUGGUGAAAUUCACAGAGAGGACCAAUGAGGAUGGGAUUUCCUCAUCAGUUGGAACAUUUUAUAGCGCUUUUUAAAGGACAGAGUUAUUUAAUAUUCAGCUUUUGAGAGAUUAUUGUAUGCUGCUUCAUUCCAGUCAAGAGUACAAAUUUUGGAAAGAAGGUAAGAAUCCUGGGAGGUGUUACUGAUCUCUCAGACAUGAAUUAACAUUAUGAAUUAACUAAUCAUCAGCCCAUCUUUCUGUUCACAUCACAUCCAUGAUCAGGAUUUAAAAAAAAGAAUUAUCCCAUACUCCUCUCUUGCUCUUCCUGCCCUCGUGUAGAGGGGUCUGCACUUUGUAAGACAAACGGUACUUAUGUGUUUCGUUCCGUCUGUUCAAACGCUUACUUUUCAGUGUUUACAUGUUCUGUUUACACGUAUGCAACUCUACAGGACACAAGAGAUGUGUUCCUGAGAAUCUUCUGCAUGUGGGUGAUGGCUCAGCGUUUGUCUUUAAUGGCUUAUUUCCUUCUCUUGUCUAUAUGUCUCGUGUGUGUAUUUUGCUGUCUUUGUUGGUUUUGCUUUAUGGGAGAAAAACAAUCUGAUCUGUUUUUUUUAUAUUCACAAUAAAUGUUAAGUAUUUGUUUAUAGACAAUCUCAGCAGAAGGUGCCUCCUCCUCUCCCAACCCAACCCCCCCCAACAUGUACGGCAUAACAUCAUUGUAGUUUACUUUCCUGCUCUAUAAUAAUAAUAAUAACAAUAAUAAUAAUAAUAAUAAUAAUAAUAAUAAUAAUGUUUUAUUUAUUUAUAUUUUCAUCAGAGCUACUAUAACUCGUAUAGCAUAGUGACUCAACACCUGAAAAAACUGUAAGAAGUAUUGUGGACCCCAAUAUUAUUUAUAGCACCACGCUAUAAAUAAACCCUCUGCCGUUUUUCACACAGGAAAAAAAAUAUUGAAUUAACCCCUUAAGCAAUGGAUUUUAUUCAGCUCUGUGGGAUUUAUUGUGUAUACUGUGUAGAGCCAGUACAAGUCAGACUAUGCAGAAUGUGUUUGUAAUCCUCGUUAAUGUGGACAGUCCAGACACAGAAAAAGGUUGUGUAUAGGACCCUGAAAUACAUGACUGACAUUCCAAUUGUCCCCGAGAGCAUUGUGCUUGAGUUCUUUAUUACACCAUUAUAACGUUGACGCAGACUAAUCAUGACUCUAUCUCUUCAGUCUGGGUCUGGAACUGAGGAAAAAAACCCUGCAAGCCUAGUGUUUAUGAGUAGGAGACAACAAGAACACUAUGUGGUUCAUUUCUGUUGUGGGAAGUAGCAAUAGUGAUUUCUGUCACAUCAGGAAUAAAACACUUGGUGUGUGCUCUUAUAGGAAAAUAAUCAUUGAUGCCACUCUUACUUGUCUUAAGCUGUACCUCCAUUUUAGCCUGUCUAAAUUGUGUCCAGUCAUGCAGAUGGAGAGUAGGAGCUUCCACGUUGCUUGAAAAGAGUGUGGGAUGGCAGAGAUGGAACUGAGUCAUUCUUUCUCUUGCUCACGGUUGCUUGUUGGGCAAAUAGUGAAGGGUUGCUAACACUCAGCUGAGAGAUUCUUUUCUUGUUGAAGUUAGGUUAAGCAGGAGAAGUGGGAUCAUGGGUGAAGUGGCUGUUACUGAAGCAAACAAUCUAAACUUCACCUAAGCCAAUUAAAAAAUGUCCUUUCUAUUCCAACUACAAAUCUGAUUUACUGUAAAUAUUUUUGAGUAAUUGACAGUGGGGGUGUGUGAUAUCACAAAAUGAUCAUAUCACAAUUCUCUAAGGUAUUUCCACAAUACACAAUAUGUAUCACAAUCUACAUUUAUAUACUAUACUAUACUAUACUAUAUUAUCCAGUAAAACAGUAGUAUUGCAUUUUCUAGAAACAUUUCUAAAAAAAAGUAUGUUUUUAAAAUUUUGUAUAUUCGAAAAAAUACCAUUCUUACAGUCAGUUUAACACAGAGAAGGAGAAAAAUCUGUAAGAUUUAGUAUAAAUUUUGAACAAACAAAUCAGCUACUUUCAGUCAGUUUCUGUCAUUUUUUUUAACCGUUAAUUUAAUAAAAAGAUCACAAUAGCCAAGAUAUCUCAGAAUAGCAUAUUGUGACAUAAUUUAGCACAAUAUUGCUAUUAAAGCUAGCCCUAAUUAAUUGCUUCCCAUUAGCUAGUUCUCCACUAUCACACAACAGCUUCCAACCUGAAAGGAGUGAAUGUUGUCAUGUGUUUCCUGUCAGUAAUGUGAAGCUAGCCAGGUUUAAUUGUACACUAUUUUCUCCAAUUUAGUCCAAUUGCCAUCAACGAUCUAUAAAAACGUUUCCCACAACAGCUACCAAGUCAGCACUAUCAUAUGCUUCCUCCAAGACAUGUGAAGCCAGUCAUCACAUUUUCUUUUUAAUUCUAAUUCUUAACUACUUGGUUAUCCCUCAUCGCACAACAGCUACCAAUUUGUGAGGGUGAAGGCUAAUGUGCUUCCUCUAAUACACAUGAAACAAGCUUGUGUUUCUGAAUUGCCACUGAUGGAACCUCACUGAUCGUUUCAAGAAUAGUGGUAUUUUGCUGCCGUUGUUCUGAUUGGUAGGAAAGCAAUGAAUGACAUCCUACCAGUGUUGGGUAAAUUACUUCAAAAAAGUAAUUAAUUACUAAUUACAUACGUGAACAUUGUACAGUGGUGCUUGUAGAAUUUUCUAUAAAUAUGGCCUAAAACAACCGAUUUUCACACAAGUCCUAAAAGUAGACAAAGAGAUCCCAAUUGAACAACUGAGACAAAAAUAUUAUACUUGGUCAUUUAUUUAUUGAGGAUAUAUUACAUAUCUGUGAGUGACAAAAGUAUGUGAAGCUCUAGGAUUAGCAGUUUAGUUUGAA